ACUGCCCGUCCCGGCGCACCCCGAGCCAGCGGCUCUGCGGGUGCUGCUCCCGGUCCCGGUCGCGCCGGUCCCCAUGGCGGUAGUGCCGCCGCCGGUCUAUGUGUACAGCCCGGAGUACGUGGCCCUCUGCGACUCCCUCUGCAAAGUGCCCAAGCGGGCCAGCAUGGUGCAUUCAUUGAUUGAAGCGUAUUGCUUACUUGGCCAGAUGAACAUAGUCAAGCCAAAAGUGGCCUCCAUGGAGGAGAUGGCAAGUUUCCACACAGAUGCUUACCUGCAGCACCUGCAGAAGGUCAGUGAGGAGGGGGAUGAUGACCACCCGGAGUCUGUGGAGUAUGGACUGGGUUACGACUGUCCAGCCACUGAAGGAAUCUUUGAAUAUGCAGCGGCUGUGGGAGGAGCCACCAUCACUGCAGCCCAGUGCCUGCUGGAUGGCAAGUGCAAGGUAGCAAUUAACUGGCCUGGAGGAUGGCAUCAUGCAAAGAAGGAUGAAGCUUCUGGCUUCUGUUACCUGAAUGACGCUGUCUUGGGGAUCCUGCGACUGCGCCAGAAAUUUGACCGUGUCCUUUAUAUCGAUUUGGAUUUGCAUCAUGGGGAUGGAGUUGAGGAUGCCUUUAGUUUCACCUCGAAAGUCAUGACUGUUUCUCUGCACAAAUUUUCACCAGGAUUUUUCCCAGGCACCGGUGAUGUGACAGAUGUUGGCUUGGGAAAAGGUCGCUAUUACAGUGUGAAUGUGCCCAUUCAAGAUGGCAUUCAGGAUGAGAAGUAUUACCAGAUCUGUGAAUCAGUGCUGAAGGAGGUGUAUGCUGCCUUCAACCCCAAUGCAGUUGUGCUGCAGCUGGGGGCAGACACCAUCGCUGGAGACCCUAUGUGCUCUUUCAACAUGACACCUGAGGGAGUGGGCAAGUGCCUCAAGUAUGUCCUGCAGUGGCAGCUAGCAACUCUUGUCUUGGGAGGAGGAGGUUACAACCUUGCCAACACAGCUCGCUGCUGGACAUAUUUGACUGGRGUCAUCCUUGGGAGAACGCUGUCCUCUGAGAUCCCCGAUCAUGAGUUCUUCACAGAGUACGGUCCUGAUUAUGUGCUGGAGAUCACACCAAGCUGCAGACCGGACCGCAACGAGCCGCAGAGAAUUCAAGAAAUUCUGAAUUCUAUCAAAGGUGAGUUGUCCAAGACAACACUCCUGCUUCAGRCUUACAGGUCUUUUUAGAGAGGGCUUCAGAAGAGCUCAUUGGAGUCUUUUUCGUUGACUAGAAAGAUGAACCAUAUUCCUGUGGCUGCUCAUUAGUGCACAGUGUCAUUUGCCUCCCACAUCCCUUGGGAUUUUCAGGGUUGGUUAUGGACUUAUGGGUCCUUGUAGCAAAAGUUGCCAUUGCCUUUCCUGUGGCUGGGCAUGGGAGCAUGGGGCCUUGUCCUUAUUGGAAUCAUAGAACAGCCCAGGUUCCAAGGGACUUCAAAGAUCAUCUGGUCCAACCUUUCAUGUGAAAGAGAGCAUAGACAAGAUUAUCCAGCACCCUGUCCAGUCACAUCCUGAAAACUAAUGGUGGGGUCUCUACUACAUCCCUGGAGAGUUUCCUCCAGUGAUUGAUUGUUCUCAUCGUAAAAAUAAACAACUUAAAAUAAGGUGAAACCUGUCAUGGUGCAACUCACACCUGUUGUCCCUUGUCCUCUCUAUGUGGCUCCUUGUGAAGAGAGAGCGUCUGUCCUCUCUGAAGCCAACCCUCAAGUAUGAGGCUACUGUGAUGGGGUCCCUUCUAAGCUUUCUCCUCCACAGAAAAAGUCUUUCCUCCUUAGACAGCCUUUGAUCACCUUUGUGGUCCUCCUUUGGAUGCUCUCUGCUCUGUCCAUGUCUUUGCGGGGAUCAGAACUGGACAUGGACUUGUUUCUUGUCAGCUGCACCUGGAAUGAGAUGAUCCUGUUUCUGUCUCUCAUAGUAAUGCUCCUACAGAUGCUGACCAGGAUCCAGUUUGCUUCCUUGCUGCAGCAGCACACUGCUGAAUCAUGUUCAGGUUGCUGCCUAUCAGGACUGCCAGGUCCCUUUCCACAGGGCUCCUUSCCAGUCAUGCAGAUCCUGGCCUGAACUGGGCACCUUCUAUCCCAAAUGCAGGACCUYGCUUUUGUCUUUGUUAAACCUAAGUCUGUUCUUUUUAGCCCAGUCUCCCAGCCUGUACAGCCCUCUAAGAUGGCUCUCCUUUCUGACAUGUUCACCUCAGCACCUAGUUUGGUGUUGUGAUUGUUUUCAAUCUCAUUAUCCAGGUCAUUUAUGAUGUUAAGCAAUGUGGAGCCCAGUAUCAGUCCCUGGGGGACCUUGCAGGCUGCAAGACCAUGUAAAAACCAUUGAUCACCACCCUCUGUGAGCUCCCUGUGAGCCAGCUCUCUCCCUACUCCCUUUGCAGAUCACCCACCCAAUCUGCAUCUUUCCAGCUGGUCCAGGAGGAGACUGUGGGAAAUAGCUCUCUGGAACUGGGACAGGUCUCUAGCAGGCAGGACUUGAAGCUCUACAAGUCCAGGACAGGCAGCUGGGUGAGCCGUGCCAGCUUCAGCCUAUCUCAUCCAAUGCCCUUGCCCAUCUGUCUUGUCCCUGUCUGCCAGAGGGGCUGGGACCAACAAGAUGGGGCUUGGCAUCUCUUUUCCCUCUCUGUGUGUUGCCAUGGGCUGGUAUUAGAAGUAGGGUAGGAGGUACAAUGGCCAUGGAUGCCUUCAAGUGUCCAUUUCCAAGCACAGGCCUUACCUAGGGAGGGGACAUUCACUCCCUGGGGGCCUGUCCAAGGGGGUAGGAGGAUCGCUCCAGAGCUGGAAAGGAGGGCUGUGCACUCCUGUGAAUCCAGCCUGAAAGAAGGACAAAAUAGCAGGGAGUCAGCAUGUGCCUCUGAGAUGCCGGUCCACGAAUCCCAAACCAGCAUUCAGCAUGGCAGAAGCAGUGGCAUGGUUCCCCUGUGGUAAUUUCCAAAGCCUGGCUUGGAUGAGGGCAGCAGCCUCUGCAAAGGGAGCGAGGAGUCAGAAGGAAYGGAGAUCUGUGCUGAGGCUGGAAUUCCCACAUCGUGGCCUAAUCCAUCAGGCAUGGGAGUGGCACCCCUUGCCAGGUCACUCAUCAGGCUAAAAUAACAGUGGAAAUACCCUUUUCUGCUUCCUUUUAUUUGCAGGGAAUCUGAAGCACGUUGUUUAGCAGAAAAGGAAGGCUCAGGCAAAAGCAUUUCCUAUGGGGAAGACAGCAUAUUUAUGUGAACAACUGGUGAAAUUUGUGGCUGCAGGGAAAAUUUGGAAGAAAUUACUGUUGGUUGGUUAAUGUUUUUCUCUUUAAAGAAGAAAAGCUGCUUCGUGCCACGAGCACUGUGGCUCUCCCCAGGMAGGAGUGUGGGCCCUCCAGCCACAACCUUCCAGUACUGGCAGAGCCUCCCUUGCUCCUUUCUCUUUCCUUUAACACCACAGUUUGUUCUCACAAGUGGUUUUAAAUGUUUUUUAAGAGAGGGGCUGCUCAGAGCUGUGAGCAUUUCCCAGCCGUAGCCCAGCACUGCGUUACCUUCCUGGCGAAGCCUCAGAGCUGCCCACACGGGAAGUAGAGCUGAGGGCUACCCUGGGGCCUGUCUCUUAGCCACAGAAAGGCACAGCCAUUGUGUUUUAACUGGGAAUUUUUAAAAAAUAAAAUGUUUUAAAUAUUCCUCCAGCCCUUUCCUUUUUUGUUCCACCCACCCUGCCUUGCCAGUGCUCUUUUCCACAGCACCCCCCACUGCAGGGCCAUAUGUGAGUUCUUGAAAUCACACGCAGAGGGGCCAGACCCUGGGGAGCCUCUCAAGAGUGUCAAGGGAGAUGAAGGUCAUUCUGACUGUUCCGGUCCUGCUAGAUCUUAGAUGAACUUCCAGAUGCUCUGGUGGUCCAUGAGAGCUGCCAUGAGGUGUCUCAGCAAGGGAACAGAUAUGCAGGUAUCUGGGUUAGAUCUCUCCCAGUGCCAUGGGCCAUGGACCCCCUGGCCUCUGCUGCCCUUGUCCCCUCAUUCUCCUGGCCUAUGGAGUUUUUAUUGUGCUGGGUUUUUUAAAGAUGUCUUGUCACUGUGGGAAAGCAUAUUUCCUCUGGCUUUGAUUAGAUUAUGCUGGAAUAAACAGGAAGACGAAGGAGCUCCCAGCCUGGCCUUAACUUUGUUUUGCUCUCUUGUUUUUCACUGGUGAUUGAAACAACAGGAAAUCUGGUGUGGAAAUAGUUCAGCAGAAUGUGGCUCUCAUGACUCCAGACCCCUUGUCUGCUUCCAUGUACCCCUGGUGCCUGCUCUGGUGUGGUAUGGUGGGGAUGGGAGGGACCAAUCUUGUAUGGUGACUGCUGGCAGGAGGUUGAUGCUGCCACCACUGCAGCAAAGGAUCCCAGUGCCCAGGGGAGGUGUCAGGCUUGGGGACUGUCCAACCAUGGAGAAAGAGAGGACUCCCCAGGGCCCCAUAURCUCUGUCCCCACACCACGCAGACUGCCCUAUGAGCAGUGGGAGCUGUUUCAGGAACACAGCUGGGAAAACAAGCAAUAGGAAACCCCACAAGUAUCAAUUGUUGCGGCUUUAGGUGGGGUUCAGGGAGACCUGCACUUGGGGAUGGGACUGUCAGGAUAUGGCACCCUAAACUUAGCAGGUUGCCCACUCCCAGACAGCUGUCAAAGCUGAGGUAAUGUUACGAAUGAGAGUGUUUGAGAUUGCUUAAAAAAUCACUGUCAAGAGUAUGAGCAAAACUCAGAUUUAAUAUUAACCSACAAAGGACAACAAGUUUGUUGGAAAGAUUCACUCUACUACUUACAGGACAGCUAARGCACAACAAGAGAAAGCAAGCCAACAACAAAACCAAACAAAAUCUAGGCAAUCAAAACAGAAAUGAAAUGAGAACUAUCUACAGUUGUGUGUGGGUGUGGGUGUGGGCGUGGGCGUGUGUGUGAAAAGUGCGGGAAAAGAUAAAAAGGAACACAGCCUGCAAACUUAACACUCAGCAAUAAUUUAUACCUUAAGCCUAAAAAUUUAACCUAGAAAAACCACUAAACUUAUACCUAASUUACAACUUAAUUAAUUGCUCAACUUUUAUAAUCUAACCGGAGUAACACUUAACAGCGGUUAAGCUAAUUUACAACUUCAAAAUAAGCAACUCAGCAGCAGAAUAACAAUUAGCAGCACUUAGCUUAUAACAUGUUUAAAAACCUAUCAAAAGAAUAACAGUUAGCAACAUUUAAUUAAGUUUAUAACUGUACCUCACGUGGCUGCGUGGGGGGCCGCACC